AAAAGAAAUUAUAGUAGAAGGCAACGAGGAGGCUAACCGAUUCAUGAUUGGUAUGACUUGUCGGAUUCUUUGUACUCUGCUCUUCCAUUUUCGUUGACUAUCAUUGACUUGCAAAGACAAAUCCACACCCAAAAACAAAACAAAAAAGAACGAAGAAACUGCUUGCAAAAGCUCAUCAAUGGCGGCGACGAACGACGGCGGCGUUGAUGACGAAACCCUCUACGUUGCUCUGGGGAAGAACAUCGAGGAAGGCAAGUCCACUCUUGUCUGGGCCUUGCAGAAUCUCGAAGCCAGUGAUGUUUGUAUCUUACAUGUUCAUCGCCCAGUAACGUGUGAUAAGAUCUUUUCGGUUGCCGAGCUUGAAGAGAAUGAUAUCAGUGCUAUCCGAGAAAUUGAAACGAAAAUUAUGCGUAAGAUCAUGGAUAGUUACCGUGAAAUUUGCUGCACAGCAGGGGUGAGCGCAACUGUUAUUCACACAGUCAAAGACAAUGUAGGGGAGGGGAUAGUGGAGUUUGUGUACCAGCAUUCCAUCAAACACCUUGUUAUGGGAGCAGCAUCAGAUAAGAACUAUUCGCAGGGGAUGACUGAUGUUAAAUCAAGGAAAGCGAAAUACACCCGUCAACAUGCUCCUGUUUCUUGCCGCUUCUGGUUUGUUUGCCAGGGCCGUCUCAUUCAGACAGGGAACGGUGAUGUUGAGCAAGACAUUGAUACGGGGCAUCAGCAUGAGAAUGAAGCUAAUGCAUUGUAUCGCGAGGAAAGGCAACUGAGGCAAGAAGCUGAAGAAGCAUUAGGAAAAGAGAAAGAAGAGCACACCAAGACAAAGCGUGAGAGAGACAAUCUGCUGGUGGAGCGUGACAAUGCUCUCAAACUAACCGACGAGCUUUUGGGGAAACAAGCAGAAGGAGCUUCCACAAGCCUGUCUGCUUCUACACCUCCUCACCGGUUCUAUUGUGAGUUUUCUGUUCAAGAUAUCCAAGAAGCCACUCAUAAUUUUGACCCUUCCUUGAAGAUUUCUGAAGGAGAGUAUGGAAGCAUUUACAGAGGUUUGCUUCAUUAUACACCUGUGGUCAUACAACUACUGCACCAGCGCCCCAGGGAAAAUCUUGUGGAGUUCCAGCAGAAGGUUGAAGUUCUGAGCAAAUUGAGGCACCCAAACCUAGUUACUUUCAUGGGUGCCUGCUCAGAGCUUUCGGCUCUCGUGUUUGAAUAUCUCCCCGGUGGAAACCUCAUGGACAGACUCAGUUGCAAAGAUGACAGUCCUCCACUCUCUUGGAAAACCCGUAUACGUAUAGCCACCGAGUUAUGCUCUGCCCUCGUCUUCAUAAGCUGCACAAACCCACAUGGAAUACCUCACAGCUGUCUCGAUGCACAAGCUAUCCUUCUAGACGAAAACUUCAGUUGCAGAAUCAAUUACUUUGAUAUCCAUCACUGUGACGAGGAAGAAGCAUCCCCAGAGUCAGACAUUCAUCCUUUCGGUGUAAUCUUGCUACAGCUGUUGACGGGUAGAUCAUCGUCCUCUGAUAUUGUCGAGGAACUGCAAGCCGCAAUAGAAGAAGAAUCUCUAGAAGCAUUGUUGGACUCUUCAGCCGGGGAAUGGCCGUUUCUUCAAGCUACUCAAUUGGCCCAUCUGGGUCUUAGGUGCUGUGACCCGGGUGGCUCGGGUCUUCCCGAUCUCUCUUCAGAGGUUAGGAGCAUUCUUGAACCCAUGAAGGCAUCUUGUGGUGCUUCAACAUUAACAUUGUUCCACGAUGGCAUCGAAGAAAGACGACAACCUCCUCCAUAUUUCAUAUGCCCCAUCUUGCAGGAAGUGAUGAAAGAUCCACAAGUUGCAGCGGAUGGAUUCACGUAUGAAGCUGAAGCCAUUAAGUCAUGGCUGGAGAGCGGUCACGACUCUUCUCCUAUGACAAAUGCAGUGCUCCAACACAGCGAUCUUGUCCCUAACCAUUCUCUGCGGUCAGCCAUCCAAGAGUGGCUUCAACAGCCUUGAAGUUGGAUAUACAUAUAUAUAGUACGUGUGUGUGUGUGUAUGUAAAGGUUUCAUUGCAGUGUUGGCCUCCAAACUGUACUUGUUUAGAAUCAACAACUUCUCCAUCUUCUAUAGCAAUGGUGGAUGUUUGGUUAGAAACAAGAAAGUUAUGUUUCAUUAAUGAAAAACAGUUUGUGUUUA